UUCCAACGAAAAUCCCGCAACCUUCUUUGCAUCCAUCAGAGAGAUGCUUGGUGUGCUGCAGAUGCUUGAAGAAAAGAAGGAUGACAGAGAGGUGUGCAAUCUGAUGCUUGAGGGGCUGUCGCCCGAGUACAAGACUUUGCGUGAGACUCUUGUGGUGUUCUGUUCGAAUGACCCGUCGUUCAUCGAGACUAAAGUGCGUGAGCGUUACCUGGACUUGCUAGCACAGGGUGGUUCCAAGAAGCAGAGUAGUGUUGCUCUGGUGUCUAGGCCUGAGAGGAAGAAGGGUAGCAUCAAGAAACAGCACAACAAGCCGAAGUCUAACUCUGAGUCUGAUUCAUCCCAGAAGAAGUCAUUUCAGGGGAAGUGUUUCAAGUGUGGGGAGAAGGGUCACAUGAAGAUCGACUGCAAGGCUCGCAUCAUCCCUCAUCCCUCCCAGACUGGAAAAUCCGAGGCCGACGAGGGUGAGAGCGGUGAGAAAUUUGACUUUCGCGAUCUGAUGUGUCUAGUUGCUGACAUCCCAGAGUACCUUAAAUACGGCGAUGACGAUGACUUGUUUAUUGCCUACAGCGAACUAGUGAUCCUAACAGCGUUUGACCAGCUGAGCAGCAUGAUGUAUGAUGUUUCCGGUCUGAAGUGUCUAAUGACGUCGCGGGAUGAUUUGGUUAUGAGGGCUGUCAGCGAUGAUAUGAUCCUGAAAGCUGUCAACAAGUCUAGAUAUGUCGAGGAUUGGUAUGCUGACACCGGCACUGCUUUUCACAUGACUGAUUCCCUCUCUUGCAUGAAAGACUUGAAGCCUUGCCACAAAAGUGUGAAUGGGAUUGGUGGCGUGUCUUGUGAGGUAGCAUUCUCUGGAACGCUGGAGUUGGUGUUUGUGACUGCUGACAGUGAAUUUUCCGUGGAGUUGAAGAAUGUGUUGUACUCUCCAAACUUAGGAACUUCGAUGGCAUGCUGAUUGCGUCUGCGUAUCGUCUAGGAGAAGCCUCUGUUGGCACGGUGUUGGCUGUUCUCACUCCCGCAAACCCCAAGCAUGAAACCACUAUGGAUAUCAACGAGUUCCACAACAUUUACGCUCAUUCGCACGAGGGUUUGCUUCGCACUACUGCAAAGCGACUAGGUACCAAGUUGGUUGGUGACAUGCAUGCUUGUUCAGGGUGUUCGAUGUCAAAGGCUAUUCGAAAAGGAAUCGUUAGAGAAACUAAACGUAGAUCGGAUAAAAAGUUGGGCAGAGUUUUUGUUGACCUGGGAGGAAGGAAGGACAUUGCGUCCGUAGCGGGUAAACAUUAUCCCAUGAUUGUGAAGGAUGAUUUCACGAGACGUACAUGGACGUAUUUCCUGAGAAUAAAUCAGACGCUGGCAGUGCAUUCCGGACUUUUCUUGCGAGUGUGCGUGCUAAUGGUGUCCCGUCAUUCGUUGAGAUUGUUAGAUCUGACAACGGAGGGGAGUUUUUCGGGGGGGAGUUUGCAUCUGUGUGCAAUGAGCUCUUGAUCAAACAAGAGUUCACACCGGCUUAUAGUCCGCAAUAUAAUGGUGUUGCAGAGCGUGGGCUGGGAUUGAUAGAAGAGGCCGCGAUGGCGGCUCGUAUUCAGGCUAAAGUUCUUUUUGGGCAUGUGCAGUUACCUAAGACUGAUAAACUCUGGGCUGAGGCUAUGCACUGGGCUUGCGAAGCGAUGAAUCACACCGCGUGUUCUGCUAACCCCGACUCUAUGUCGCCGUAUGAAAUGUGGUAUGGUGAACCUCGUCCCGCUAGACCGUAUCCGUUUUUGAAACCAGCGUACUGCAGGUGGCAGAGACCGACAAAGCUGCUGCCGAAGGGUGAGAGUUGCUUUUAUGUCGGUCCUUCGAGAGACCACCCGCGUGAUUGUCAUAGAGUACUUACGAGGGCUGGGACUAUACAGGAAACGAGGGAUGUGACGUGGGAGGUGUUGCAGUCACAGCUCCCUCCGCUGCAACCUUCUCUGCCAAUAGAGGUCGCAGAGGAGGGAGGGGAGGAUAGUGACGACAAUGUUGAAACCGAGGUAUGGCCGCUUGUAGGAAGAGGAGUUGCUCACACACUUUUGAAACGUGAUGCAGUGCCUUCUGGUGCGAGAGUCGAGGAGGUUGAGAGUGUUGGCGCAGGAAGUGUAGGCCCAUCAUUUUCUGUUCCAUCUUCCCCUGCUGAACCGUCGUCCCUCGCGAACAAUUCUUUUGAUAGUGUAGCCUCUGUGUCUUCUCCAAUGCCUGUGAAUGACGGGGAAGGCCAGGGAGGGCAGGAAUCAGGGGAAUUAGAGAUGGGGGAUCCGGGAGGGGAU